AUGGCAGCAAAGUUGGGUUCUUUCAAGUACAAUUUCCAAGAGAAAAGAGAGAGGUUGCUCUCAACCCAGAAGGGCUACUCCGAACUGGGCUUCGUCCACAUCGAGGAACAAGAGCCAUAUGGGUCUCCUCGCUGCUGCACUUUUCGAUCAGUUUCCGAUAGAAUUGUGAGCUGGUGCCGGACUGUACAAAAUGUUUCUAACCGGGCAAUUCGGAUGGGUCAAUCCGAUCCGAGAAAGAUCGUAUUCGCGGCCAAGAUGGGUCUGGCGUUGAUGAUCAUUUCGUUGCUGAUUUUCCUCAAAGAGCCUUUCAAGCAGCUCAGUCGUUACUCGGUCUGGGCCAUCCUCACUGUUGUGGUAGUAUUUGAGUUUAGCAUAGGAGCGACUCUGAGCAAAGGAUUUAACCGUGGGUUAGGGACAUUUUCUGCUGGAGGCCUUGCUUUGGGUAUGGCGCACUUAUGUGGACUAGCUGGAGAGUGGGAAGAAGCUGUUAUUUUCGCAAGUAUCUUUAUCAUAGGGUUUCUUGCAACUUAUGCAAAGCUAUACCCAACAAUGAAGCCUUAUGAAUAUGGGUUUCGAGUGUUCUUGUUGACAUAUUGUUUCAUCAUGGUAUCUGGGUAUAGGACAAGGGAAUUUGUCCAUACGGCUGUGUCACGAUUCUUGCUUAUUGCACUGGGUGCUGGUGUUGGUUUGGGAGUAAAUAUAUGCAUUUUUCCCAUCUGGGCUGGUGAGGAUCUGCAUAAAUUGGUGGUAAAGAAUUUCAUGGGUGUCGCAAAGUCAUUGGAAGGUUGUGUUAAUGGUUACCUUAAUUGUGUUGAAUAUGAGAGAGUUCCUUCUAAGAUUCUUACCUACCAAGCUUCCGAUGACCCGCUUUACAGCGGUUACAGAUCUGCUGUGGAAUCUACCAGCCAAGAGGACGCUCUGAUGGGAUUUGCUAUCUGGGAGCCACCUCAUGGUCGUUACAGAAUGUUUAAAUAUCCAUGGAAGAACUAUGUAAAAGUAGGUGGUGCACUAAGGCAUUGUGCAUUUACGGUCAUGGCAUUGCAUGGAUGUGUACUUUCUGAAAUACAGGCUCCUGCUGAACGAAGACAAGUAUUUCGUAGGGAGCUCCAAAGAGUUGGUUUCGAAGGUGCUAAAGUGUUACGUGAACUUGGAAACAAACUGAAAAAGAUGGAGAAACUAGGUUCUGUAGAUAUACUCAACGAAGUGCAUGAGGCUGCAGAGGAGUUACAAAAGAAAAUUGACCAUAAGUCAUACCUUCUUGUUAAUUCAGAAAGCUGGGAGAUUGGAAGUCGGCCAAAGGAGGUGGGAGAUCCUCAAGACUUAUUGAACUUGGAUGAUGACGAAAAUACGUUCCGGGAAUACAAAUCCCUUAGUGAAGCUGUGCUUGAUCUCAGAUCUUUUCCUGUGCCACAAAGUUGGGAUGGCCAAAUGCCUGCGAUGCCAACUGGCGUGAGCCCCAUACCCACUGAUGUCAACCGCUCCAACCCACCCGUAGGUUUUUCCUCAGGAAGCAUGUUCAUGAAACAGGUUUCAUGGCCUGCAGGACUGAAAUUUGAGGUUAACGAACCUCCAGUAGCAGAAGAAUCCAAUACCUACGAAAAUGCUAGUCAAUUGUCGUUAGCCACAUUUACAUCCCUGUUGAUAGAAUUUGUUGCAAGGCUUCAAAAUCUUGUCGACUCAUUUGAAGAAUUAAGUGAGAAAGCACGUUUCAAGGAACCUGUCGAAUCACCAGAAAAUACAAUGCCACUGAUUUCUGCUGCUGCUGCUGACAUUACUCACAAGAACAGUCUUGCUUUCUUAGUUGACAAAGAUGAGCAUAUAAUCACGGAUAUGUCGAUGCCUUCGGUUCCCCGUGAGGGGGGUGGGGGGGAUGUGGUUGGGGUUAGAUAA